UCCUGUUUAGCGCUGAUGUCACCGCUGAGCUGCAGAGCAAACAAAGCUGGUCUGACUGUGAGUCCAAGCAGAUCUCAGUUCUUUGAGGGAGAAUCAGUGUUUCUAAGCUGUGAGGAGGGGAGGCACUCUACUGGAUGGACCCUAUGGAGGAACAUCAGCAAAGAUAAUGGCUCUCAGAGUGAUGACUGGGAAGGAAAAAACAGUUCCUCCUGUAAGAUCACUCAUAUCGUCCCAUGGGACAGUGGAGUUUACUGGUGUUCGUCCAGAGAGGGAGCAGCCAGCAGCAGCAUCCAGCUCACUGUCACUGGUGGAUCAGUGAUCCUGCAGAGUCCUGUCCUCCCUGUGAUGGAGGGAGAUGACGUCACUCUGAGCUGUCUAACAAAGACCACUCCCUCCAACCUCCCAGCUGCUUUCUAUAAAGAUGGCUCCCUCAUCAGGACGGAGCCCAAAGGUCACAUGACCCUCCACCAUGUGACCAGCUCUGAUCAAGGCCUCUACAGGUGUGACAUCAGGGGUCAUGGAGAGUCUCCAUCCAGCUGGAUCUCUGUUGAAGGAAAAGUCUCCCCUACUGGCCAUCCUCAUCUCCCUCUGUCCGUGUUAUUAGCUGCUGCACCUGCUUCUGUUCUGCUCUUUCUGGUCUUACUGGUCGUUCUGGUGAGACGAUGUGUUCAAGCUGCUAAGAAGGACGACAUCAGCUACAUUCAGGUCGACGUCAUCAGCCAGAAGAAACCCCCAAAGAGUCAGAGACCUGGUACUGAUCCAGAAAUCAUCUACUCUGAAGUCAGAAGAACCUGACCCACAGAAGCCAUCAGCUGUGGAUCCUCUACAGAGUGGACCUGCAGCUGUUUAUCUCCUCUGCAGCAGAAUGUGGCGGCCUUCAACGAGUCACACUGCUUUGUUCUGUAUGUAAAGCGGGUUCACACAACACGCUGAUCUGCACAUCUUAAAAAAAAG